AUGCCAUAUGCAAUACGUGCUAAACUUAAAUUACUUAUAACUGGUAAUGAAAAAGAACAAUUAGAACAAAAUGAUCUUUGUCGAUUUUUUAAUAAUUUAUCAACAAAUUCAAAUAAUACAAUUAUAACUAGAAAUUCAGAAACACGAUUUGUUAAACAUUUUGAUCGGGAUCGUUUAAGUGAAUAUGGUCGUAAAACAACAAUUCAAUUAAUUCAACCUUAUUAUGAACUUGAUCAAUUUCUUAUAUUUAUUGAAAAAAAUUUACCAUUAUUAAAAUCUCUUGAAAAUCGUUAUUUAACAAAUAAUAAAAAUGAUACAACAAUACGAUAUUUAUUUCUUGAACGUAUACAUUAUAAUUUAUUAUCACAAUGGCAAUUAUCAGAUGUUAUACGUAGUUCAAUACAAACAUGGGAUGAUAUUGUUACAAAUCGAUCAUUAUUUUUAGAUGUUCUCGAUGAAUUAAUUGGUGGACCACGUAUGAUAUUUUCAAGUCGUUUAAAAGCAACUGAAUUUGAUCCAUUAUUAAUUGAUUAUAAAGUUCAAUCAUUACUUGAUAUGUCAUAUUGUGCAUUACGUCAACAUAAUUUUAAAUUAGCUUUAACAAAAUUAAAUGAAACACAUCAUUGUCUUGAUUUAUGUCAAAAUUCAUUAAUAAAAUCUAUAUAUUGGAAUGAAAUAUAUUGUGAUGUACAUUUAAAAUGUCAUCCAAUACAAUCAUCAACAUCAACAUUAUCAAAUUUAUUAUCAACAAGUGUUGUAAAAGAAUUUAAAAAAAUGGAAAUUAAAAUUUCAUCAUUAAAAAUAAUUGAUCAACAAACAGCACAAUUAAAUUCUAAUUAUAUACAAUUAAAUUCACAAUUUUGUCGAACAGUUAUUGAUUUUUUAUUUACACAAUCACAAGAAAUGUAUUUAUAUAGUUUAGAAAAUAAUAAUAAUCAAAUUCAACAAACUGAUCAAUUAAUUUAUGAAUUAUUUAAUAAAUGUAUUCAUAUAUUAAAAGAAAAUAUUGAAAAACAAGAAACUGAUUUACAAAAUCUUUCAGUAAAAAAUAUUCUUAGUCGUGAUUAUAAUGAUUUAGUAAGUAUAUGUGAUGAUUAUUUACGUCGAUAUGAAAAUAAUGAAAAUGAAAAUAGUUUAUUAACAAAUUUAUUUAAUGGUGAUAAUGGAAAUAAUAUAGCAGAAUUAAUUGUUAAAUCUGUUUUAUUAUCAAUGAAAUAUGAUUCAAAUGAAGGUGUUAAAUGUUUUUCACGUUUAUUACAAAUUGUUGAUUUUUCAAAAGAAUUAUUUCAUUUAUUAACAAAUGAUUUAAAUAUAAAAGAUAUUAAUAAACUUCAAGAACAUUUAAUUAAAUUUAAACAAAUACUUUUUUCUGAUAUAAUUAAUCUUGAUGAAACAAAUGAUGAACAAUUAAUAUUAUCAAAUACACAAGAUAAUAAUGAUAUAGAUGAUAAUACAGUAUUAAAACCUAAAAUAACAUCAAUAAGAAUAUUAUUUAAAAAUGCUGUUGAAAAAGAAUUUAAUGAUAUAUUUGAUAAAUUAUCUAUACGUGAAUUAGAAAUACCUGGACAAUAUACAAUUAACGCUAGAGAAGAUAUACGACAAGAUCAACGUAUUGAAGCUUUAUUUUCAAUUAUGAAUGAUCUUUAUGAUAAUGAUCCAAAUUGUAAUCAAUCAAAUUCAGCUCAUAUUGCUGUACGAACUUAUAAAGGUAAUUAG